AUGGAAGGCCUGAGUGUCAGAGCAGCUAUAGGUCUUGCUGAGAGCAGGAGCAUCCUCCUGGUUAAGACAUUUGUCAUUGGACAGCUGUGCACUGACAAGAGCCUUGUUUUACCAACUGUGUAAGCACAGCCUGCACACUUGUAGAGCAGUGCCACAAUGAGGGAGGAACUCACUGCUGCAGUUUUUGCUGCUUUUGCCAUUUUUUAUUCUGCUUAUUACCUGACUCAGCUGGCACGUCACCUCAGGCAUGUAUUCAGAGGUGGGGAUUAUGAGCUGACAGAACCAACAGCCAUCUCUCCCCUAGCUCCCGCUGCUCCUGGAGAAGAAGCCCAAGAGGAACAAAUUGAGGUGUAUGAGCACCAGGCUCCAUCAGUGGUCACACCAGAGCCUGGAUAUCGUGAGCCUGUGCUUCUAGAGAGAGAGCAGGAGCAGAUUGCUUCAACAGAGAUGCCAUGCCAGACUCAGGGUGAGCUGUUCCCAGCCCGAGAGCAGGAAGAGCAGCUCAGGCAGCAGGUGGAAGAGCCACAGGAGAAUGGCCAGAAGAUCAAGGAAGAGCCACAAGCAGAGCUGCCCGAAGCUCAGAGUGCCAUCAUGGACGUGAAGAACAUGAACAAGGAAGACAUGGGAAGAAAUCAAGAGGAGAAUCUUGAUCAGCAGAGGGGCGAUCAACAAAACCAGGUGAGUGAAGGAGUGGCAGCCACUCCACUCAUGAAACAUCCUCUCGCUUGUUUUUUAGAGAACAUGAAGGAACAGCUAAACGCAGAGCUUCAGAUAGCUGACAUUAGGAUCAAGACAAGGCAGAAGAGGCUGGAGGAAGAAAUGAAAAUCAUCAGGGAGAAACUUAAUUGCUUCCCUCAUUCUCUACAAAAGCAAGUGGCCAUAAAGAAAAUAAAUCUAAAAGGACUGAGGAGCAAGCAACUAACUGUUAAUGAAAUCAUGAUUAUGAAGAGAUAUAGGAGUCCCAGUGUUGUGAAUUAUUUAGACAGCUACCUUCUGGGUGAGGAACUCUGGCUAGUUAUGGAGUUCAUGGAUGGAGGCACUCUGAGCGACGUCAUUAGCAAGACUUGCCUGUCUGAAGACCACAUGGCAGCCAUCUGUCGGGAGUGCCUGCAAGGACUGUAUUUUCUUCAUUCAAACCACGUCAUCCACCGAGAUGUGAAGAGCGGCAACAUCCUUCUCAGAAGCAACGGUUCUGUCAAGCUGGCUGAUUUUGGCCUCUCUACUCAGCUCACACCUGAGCAGAGCAGACGGUGCUCGGUAGCCGGGACUCCUUGGUGGCUGGCGCCUGAAAUGGUGACGCAUCAACCAUAUGGCCCCAAAGUGGACAUAUGGUCUUUUGGAAUCGUGGGCAUUGAAAUGGUAGAACAAGGACCUCCUUACUGGAACCAAAGUCCUGCCUCAGUUAAACUCCUGAUCGCCGUAAUAGGGACCCCAAGGCUGCGGCACCCCAACCGAUUCUCGCCUUGCCUGCGUGACUUCCUGAGCCGCUGCCUGCAGACAGACGAGCAGCAGCGCUGGUCUGCCAAGGAGCUCCUGAAGCAUCCAUUUGUUACAACAGCCAAACCAGCAUCCAUUUUGGCACCACUCAUCAACUCAAUCAAGAAGAAGCAGGAGGAGGAGCGAUACUUUCUACAGCUGCAGUUCUGGCACCCAAUGUGGGGCCCUGAAGGCUUCCAAAUCCGGGUCAUCGUGGACCUGAGCGCUUCGCCGGACCCCAUGGACGAGGCUGAUUAG